GCUGUCAGCUUAAAACAUUUAAGGGCUUUACUUAAAGACCAAUACAGGCUUAAGGGAUAUUCCUACACGUAUUUUGUUUAAUUAGUAAAAGACAAGGCAAUAUGCAGGCUUUUCGAAAGUGCGGUUUGUGUGCUAGUGGGAGUCUUCUUGAAGGCCGGACCGACUUCCUGGUUGCUCGGAGAAACAUGGCUGCCCUACGACUGAGUGCUGCAUGCGUUCAACUCCUCAAGGACAAGGCCAAUGUUUUCUGCAGGAGUCCCGUUCAUCCGCGUCUCCUGCGCCUGCCGGAGGUCGCCCGAUCCAGCAGAGUCGCUUUCAGUCUCGCCAGCAGCCUCUGUGCUGUUCCUUUUACACAGGUUGAAAACCUCUCACACGAAUCCCUGAUUCGUCGGGCCUCGUGUCUGGUCACAGACAGUGCCAACACGUACCUCUCUCAGACCACGCUGGCUCUUGUGGAUGCCCUCACACAGUAUGCCAAGGCGCUACAUACACUCAUUGCCCUUCAGAAGCGAUAUAUAACCUCUAUAGGAAAACUGAGCCCUGCUGAAGAGGACAGCAUUUGGCAGGUGAUCAUUGGGCAGCGAGUGGAGGUUAGUGAUAGAUUAGAAGAAUGCAAGCGCUUCGAGUCAAACUGGAUGAAUGCCAUCAACAUCUGUGAGUUGUCAGCAGAUGCAGCCUACAAUUCGGGAGCAGAGCAUGCAUGCACCGCAACAAAGAGUAAUCUGCAGGUGGCACAGUGCAAAGUGGAAGAGCUUCGAAAGAUCUCAAAAGAAGCAGAGAAAAAACUGGCCGAAACGAAAGCAGAAGAAAUCCAGAGAAUGGCAGAGUAUGCCUCCAGCAUUGACAUUCAUGAUCUGGAAGAUAUUCCAGAGGCCUACCUUCGUGAAGACUAGAAAAAAAUAGACAUUUGUGACAUUGGUAUUCUGUAGCCAGCAGUGAAUCACUCGGUGGGUAUGACUGAAUCAAGAAUGCACCUUU